CGCCGCUUCUCAUCAUCUGCCCCACAAAGUCUAUUUACUAGUCUUCCUCCUUUCACCAUCACACAUUUCUGAGUAUUCUUUUCCACAUCAUGGUGAAGCUCUUUCUUUCAGUACUAAGCUUACUUCUACUGUUUGGGUUCGGCUUUGCUGUUCGAGGGGGCACCUGGCAACAGGGCGAGUGCCAAAUCAGAAGUAUCAAUGCUCGAGAACCAUCUUAUAGCCUCCAAGCGGAAGGUGGAGUGACUGAAUUCUGGGAUUUCAAGAACGAUGAAUUCCAGUGCGCUGGUGUGUCGAUUCGUCGCCAUAGACUCCAGCCAAGAGCCCUGAUGCUGCCUCUCUAUCAUAAUGCCCCUAUUCUAGUCUACGUUGUUCAAGGUAGGGGAAUUUAUGGGCUUAUGAUUUCGGGAUGCCCCGAAACUUUUGAAUCAUCUCAGCAGACAGAAAAACAAUCUAAGGAGGAAAGAAGGCAGAGGUUCAGGGACAGGCAUCAGAAAAUUGAAGAAUUCCGUGAGGGUGACAUUGUUGCUAUCCCGGCGGGGGCAGCUCAUUGGGCUUACAAUGACGGUGAUCAGGAGCUUGUUGUCGUUGUUCUGCACGACAACACCAACAACGCCAACCAACUGGAUCAAAAUCCAAGGUCCUUCUUGCUCGCCGGAAACCCGGAAAGGGGACAAGAGCAACAGCAAGGAAGCAGGCGGGGGCAGCGCGAACUUGGCAAUGUCUUCCGAGGCUUUGAUGUUCAUAUGUUAACCGAGGUCUUCGGGGUUGACGAAGAGACAGCAAGAAGGCUCCAGGGCGAACAUGAUACAAGGGGCCACAUAGUCAUAGUUGAACAUGGCCUUCAUGUGAUCAGGCCGCCGUUCCGCCGACGGGAGUACGGUAGAGAAGAGGAGGAGGGAUAUUACGGUGGCAAUAAUGGGCUUGAGGAGACCGUUUGCAACGCCAAGAUCAGAGAAAACCUCGACAAGCCAUCACGCGCUGACGUUUACAACCCCCGUGCUGGGCGGUUCUCCACCGUCAAUAGCCUUACCCUCCCAAUUCUUGGCUUCCUCCAACUCAGCGCCGCCAGGGGAGUUCUUUACAGGAACGGCAUAAUGGCGCCACACUGGAGCAUGAACGCCCACAGCAUAAUCUACGUUACACGCGGCGAGGCCCGGAUGCAGAUAGUGAACCACAAGGGGCAAGCGGUGUUCGACGGCGGCGUCCGGGAGGGGCAGGUAGUGGUAGUGCCGCAGAACUUCGCGGCUGUGAAGCAGGCGGGAGAGGAGGGCUGCGAGUGGGUAGAAUUAAACACCAAUGACAACGCCAUGAUCAGCACCCUGAGCGGGCGAACCUCCGUCAUGAGGGGGCUUCCGGUGGACGUCAUCGCCACUGCGUACCAAAUAUCAAGGGAGGAGGCGGAGAGGCUCAAGUUGUCGAGGCGGGAGACAAUCAUCUUCAGCGGAAGUGGAAGGUCUGGAAGAGGAGGAGUCUCUUCUGCUUAAAAAGAGUUGAAUAAUUAUGUAUGAGGAUGUUCAGCUCCGGCGAGAGUUUCCUUCUGAGUUGAUAUUCCUCCAUGAAUAAGAGCUGAAGCUUUUUGUACCUAUUUCUGUAUAAUUAAUCUGAAUAAUCGCUUAAAUUAAUUUCAUC